GUUUGGCAUUCCUCCUUUCAUUUCAAAUUUUUGAUUUUAUUUCAUUUGGUUGAAUUUGUAUUCCGGGUUCAAAAAUCAUGUUUAUCUACUACAUGGAUUUGUUGAGUGAGGGACAAUUCCAAAAAAAUGCAAUUUGAAUUCAUGUAAACAAUUCCGACCAACCAAACAAGUUUGUAUCUAAAAUUCAAAAUUAAUUUCAUAAUUCUAGGUCUAAAUGAUGGGUGACAACGAUGUUGGCUCAUUUGUUUGAACUAAAAAAAGCGUUGGAGAGUACAUGAUGGUAGCCGUUUACAGAUUCAGGGGUCGAUUUACAGAAUCUUCUUCGCCGGCAGAGCAAUGUGUGUGACCCGCCGCAGGGAGAGAACGGCGAGUCGUAGUAGUCGCAGAGGAGGUAAAUCAUACCAUCAGAGAGGACGGGGUCGCCGCCUGUCGACGCCGCCCUGCUCCUCCCCCCGCACGUCCGGCCCGCCGCUUCAGUCACGCUCCAAACUCGAAUCCGUCUCGCCGAACAAUCCAAACGGUAGAGAGAAGCGGAGCGAGGCAAGAUGACUGACGGGGUUAACAAGAGAAAGAGGGCGAGUACGCCGCCAACGCCGCCGCGUGGCUCGCUGGCUGCCUACCACCCUAGUUGUCGCCGCCUGUCCCCGUCUCGGCACCUCCGUCGGCUGGGCGAGUUGUGUAUGUACUCUAGUGCCUUCCCGGUUCCGCCCCAUCGCCUCACUCCGUGUGUCUCCUUCGCCUUCUCCAUUGUGAAUCCUAGCCAGAACCUUGCCGGCCUCCCCGCUGCGCCGGCGCGAUGAAGCUGAACCCCGGCAUGUCGGCCCUCGUCACGGGCGGGGGUUCCGGCAUUGGGAAAGGGCUUUGCAUUGCUCUUUCACAGAAGGGUCUGUUUGUGACUAUUGUCGAUUUCUCUGAAGACAAUGGAGGAGAAGUUGCUUCAUUAGUUCUGAAGGAAAGCAAACAGUUUCAUGGAGAUUCUAGAGUUCCAUCUGCUCUAUUCAUCAAGUGUGAUGUUACCAAUGCAGAUGAUUUAGCUGCUGCCUUCCGGAAACAUGUACACACAUAUGGUGGACUAGACGUCUGCAUCAAUUGUGCUGGAUUUGUCAAUAAAUCAUUAUUUUCUGACGAUACAUCCAAUGGAACUAGCACAUGGAGGCGUGCAGUAAAUGUGAAUCUUGUCGCUGUUAUUGAUUGUACUCGUAUCGCAACUCAAAUAAUGCGAUCACAGAAGAAGCCUGGUGCCAUAAUAAAUAUUGGUUCAGUUGCGGGCUUAUAUCCUAUGCACUAUGAACCCAUCUACAGUGGGUCAAAAGGUGGUGUGGUUAUGUUUACGAGAUCACUUGCUCCAUUAAAACGGCAUGGUAUUCGUGUCAAUGUGAUCUGCCCUGAGUUUGUCCAAACUAAUAUGGGAGAACAAGUAAAUCACCUAUUAGUAGAUGCGCUUGGUGGUUUUUUGAAGAUGGAGGAUGUUGUUAAUGGUGCAUUUGAGCUUAUAGAAGAUGAGACCAAGGCUGGUGCUUGCCUUUGGAUAUCUAAAAGAAGAGGGAUGGUAUACUGGCCAACAUCAGAGGAAGAAAAUAAGUAUCUGGUGUAUUCCUCGAAGCCAAAAAGGGCAUUAACAAAGAACAGAUUUCCCAGCAUCCAAACACCUGAAUUCUUCGAGAAGAUAGUUGUUCACACACUCAGCCAUAAUUUCCGCAAUGCAACAAAACUUGAUCGUGUGCGACUGAGAUUGCCCUUGGAACCACACUGUGCUCUUGUUAAAAUAAUAUAUGCUGGUGUAAAUGCUAGCGAUGUGAACUUCACUUCUGGUCGUUAUUUCAGUGGUAAUGCUAAAGAAGCUUCUGCAUACCUUCCAUUCGAUGCUGGUUUUGAGGCUGUGGGAAUUGUUGCAUCUGUUGGAGAUUCAGUAAGACAUAUCAAAGUUGGCGCUGCUGUGGCCCUUAUGACCUUCGGGGGCUAUGCUGAAUUUAUGCUGGUUCCAGCCAAACAUCUCCUCCCGGUGCCAAGACCAGACCCCGAAGUCGUCGCUAUGCUAACAUCAGGAUUGACUGCUUCAAUUUCUCUUGAAAAGUCAGGUCAAAUGACAUCUGGGCAAGUUGUUUUAGUUACAGCUGCUGCUGGUGGAACAGGACAAUUUGCUGUUCAGCUUGCAAAGCUAGCAGGCAACAAGGUUGUUGCCACAUGUGGUGGAGCAAGUAAAGCUGCACUUCUGGCUUCAUUAGGAGUUGAUCGAGUUAUCAACUACCAACAUGAAAAGAUCAAAGAUGUCUUGAAAAAGGAGUUUCCGAGAGGUGCAGAUAUAAUAUAUGAAUCCGUAGGUGGGGAAAUGUUUGACUUAUGUUUGAAUGCACUCGGAGUCCACGGACGUCUCAUUGUAAUUGGUAUGAUCUCUCAGUAUCAAGGAGAGGAUGGAUGGAAGCCACAGAACUACAAAGGGUUGUGCGAGAAGAUUCUUGGAAAAAGUCAAACUGUGGCUGGAUUUUUCUUGAUUCAAUAUGCUGACCUGUGGCAAGAACAUCUUGACAAGCUUUUCAACUUGCAUACGUCUGGGAAGCUAAAGGUUUCUCUUGACCCUAAGAAAUUCUUAGGUGUUGCUUCCGUGCCGGAUGCGGUAGAAUAUCUUCAUUCUGGCAGGAGCGUUGGCAAGGUGGUUGUCUGCGUUGAUCCAGCAUACAGUCAGACCCUUGCUAGGCUGUAGUCUUUACAGAUACCAUAUGAGCUGCAUCUUCAAGAUCUCAGAGUAUUGCACAGUAAUAGUGGAUAAAUGCUACUCCCUCCGUCCCAUGAUUCUUGUCACUGUUUUAGUACAAAAUUGAACUACUGAAACAACGACAAGAAUUAUGGAACGGAGGGAGUAGAUUACAGGUACAGACAGCGUUGACGUUCUUCCAUUUAGUGUUUUUUUUUGUCUAUCUGGGUCAAUCAUAUGAAUAAUUGCUCUCUCCGACCCAUAUUACUUGUUUUAGAUUUAGUACAAAGUUAUAUUAAAUCAGUGACAAGUAAUUCCGGCCGGAGGGAGACUCCCUCCGUCCAACAAAAGAUGUCUCAAGUUUAUUAAAAUUUGUUUGUAUCUAGACAUGACUUAGUGUAUAGAUGCAUUCAAAUUUGAUGGUUGAGACAUUCUUGUUGGACCGAGGGAGUACUAUAUUUCCUCAGUGCUGUGUGGAUGUCUGUUUAUUGAUGUACGGCAAGACUGAGUAUAUGGAAGAGUAAAACAUUGAGUUGGUGUAUAUCAUGGUGAUCAGGUUC